GGUCAGCCGGAACUCAAACCGGCUGAACUUUCCGUUAAGCAAAACUCGGAGGCAUUCUUUGUUCGUGUGGCGUCCUGUAAAGAUCGUGUUGAUUGUUAGUGUGAAGAAAGUGAUUGGAAAAUGGGAAAACGCGAGAAGGAGCGCAGAGAGAAGAAGCGCCAGGAGGAGAAGGAGAGGGUGAAGAAGAAGCAGGAAGAGAAGCGACAGGAAGCGAAGAGGAGGCGCGAAGAGAGGCUCAGGCGAAGAAGUUUACCAGCAGUUUCCACUGGGUUUGUGUCCGCUCAGGAUUUGUCGUUUCAUAGAAGAAGUAGUGAAUCCGAUGUGUCUGCUGAAGUGCACUUUGACAGAGGACAGAGCAUUUUGUCUGAAGAUGCUGACAGGGGAUUGAUUUAUCCUGAACUGGAAGACAUUACUGAAGAACCAUCAAAAAGACAGCCGGAGAAAUCUGAGCCAGGAAUGCAUCAGCCGGAUGACGUGUGCAAAAAGUCACCAAGAACUGCAGAGAAGGAGAAAACCAAGACGACAUCAAUUCCGAUGAAGAAAGCAAAAGACAGACGCGUUCAGGUGCCUUCAGGACACUCGGAUUCGCCUAUUUCUGGGCCAAGUGGCCAAAAUCCCUCGAAGAUGUUAAGGAAGAAGAGAGAUUUGACCACACCACAGCCGACAAAAACACCCGCCAAGUCCGAAACCACAUUGCGAAGGCCGGCGGAACAGCUGAACACGCCCCCGACUCCCGGAUCAAGCCGACAAAUUGCCUCCAAAGUCACCCAGAAGAAAAAAGAUUUAACCACUGCUGCGGCGAGGCAGAUUUCUCAGCCAAUAAAAACGCCUGGCAAACCAAGAAUAACUCCUGGAAAACUGCGUGCGCGCUCAGAUUCACCGAUUUCUGGAACAAGCCAACAAUUUUCCGCACAGACACCGAAAGAGAGGAAAGUUAUGACAACUGCUCAGCCUAGAAAAACACCCGCCAAGUUGGGAAUUACGCCACAAAGGCCGACUCGUGGCCAAGAAUCACCAAAGCCCUCAAAGCCUAAAUUUAUAUUCCCUAAACCAUCGGGAUUAUUUAGUGAUAUACCUCUACUAGCGCUUCCUCCGGUCGUACAAACACCCAAAGUACUGAAAACUCCGGCUAGAAAACCUCUUAAGCGCCCAGCUUUACUAACUCUCGGAACAAGCCAUGAAACGACCACGAAGACACCCAAGGAGAAGAAAAUUGUGACUCCAAAGACAGGCGAAAAGGCAAAAGGGACUCCUAGAAAAUCUCCUGGGCGCCAAGAUUCGCCGAUUCCAGGACCGAGUCGUCCAAAAGUGAGAGACGAAGAGGCGGAUUCUGCUGCUGUCGUCACACAACAGAGUUCAGAUUCGUCAAUUUCACCAGAAUUGAGUUCUGCUGUGCCAGAGGAUGUGGAAGAAACCACUCCUGAGCCACUAACGCUUUUCCUGAGAUUGCCUGAGAUAGCGCAGGAGGAGAUGGAGACUGGGGAAUCAUCUAGAAUCCCUCCAGAAGAUUCGAGCAAAGCGGAGGAGUUUUCUGAGAGAGAAGGAGCAGAAGCUGUGCCUCAAAUGCAUCUUCCGGUGCCAACGAUCACGAUUGACGACUUGAAGUUGAGAUGGCCUGAGACUGCCGAUGGAAAGCCAGAAGAUCAGCCCAAGGCGUCAACGAGUGCUCGUCAGAGCAUUUAUUCGAUUGAGAGACACGAUUCGGUGGAGAGUCAAGUAUCGCUGGGUUCGAGGAUCUUUUCAAUGGGCUCAAGUUUCGAGGAGUCUCCAGUGACGUCAGUCAUGUCAGUGGGUGAAGACACUGGAUUCUCUUCGAGUCAGAAAGAUGACUCACGACGCCCAUCCGACAGUACGUCUGGAGCUCAAGGUGACUUCACAGAAUCUUCAAUGAUUUCACCUGAGGAGGAAGUGAAAUUGAUACAGAUUCCGGAACGUGAAGAAUCUUCAGGUCUGUCCGUCAUAUCGUCAUUCAGCGAUUCAGAUACUGGCAUCUUUUCGUCUCAGAGAGAAGAAUCACGACGUCCAUCUAAGGAAACAGAGACUGAUGCUGAGCUUCUAUUGACGAGAACGGCGGAAGUGAGACCUGAAGAGCCAAUAGCGGAGGUUUUCACUGCUCAAAGGAUGGAAUCUCGACUCCAAGCUGAAGAUGAUGCUUCGAAGGGAGAAUUGCCGGUAGAGAGAGUGUCCGAAGAGGGCAGAGUUGAAGUUGAACCGCCGAUUGACACCAUCAGGAGAUCUUAUGUCUACGCACAAUUGCCGCCAACGAUUCCACCAAUUGCAGAACCCCAACAGCAGAACAUUCGCCAACAACGACGUCGCCGGAGGAAGCAACGAACGCUAGAUGACAAGAUGAAGGGCAGAAAGAGACGUAGAUUACUGGCCACGAAGAAGCGCGGAUCGCGUGGCACUGAGAUAAUGGUGAAAACCAACUGUGUGAAAUUGGAUCUGUCGAAGAUGCCAGAGAAAGUGUUUCAGUACUUUGUGGGCUUCAAUCCCAAUCGACCGAGAUGUGCCAUAACUGACGUCUUUAGAGGCUUUAGGAAUCAAGAAAAUUCAUAUGAACUUGCUCGUCUGGUGCACGAUGGAAAGAACAGAGCGUUCAGCAGUAGAAAAAUUAAUCUGAGGAUAGAAGAAAGAAGAAGGAGUGAGAUUAGUUUGGAUUUAGGCAAUAUGAUAGAGAUUUUUACAGUCCGGAUUUCGAACACCAAGCAUUUAAGGAUGUCCUUGAGGCCGAUCAAAAGGAACUUCUUGACCAAUAGGAAUAAGCGUAAGUGGAGUGAUGCCAUUGCGUUCGUGAAUUCCGUGCUGCGAGAAGCACUGAUCGGAUACUGGAUAGGGGACAUUUGUUACUACCCAAAAGAUGAGCAGUUGCCUAUUGAUUUCAACCUCGGUAUUAAUGAUAUUCUGAAUGGAAUCUAUCAAAAGGUGUUUAUCGGCUCCAGUGUGUAUCUGAAUGUGGAUAUGGCAUUAAUUCCAACACUGGUGUUCAAUCCUAUCCAACUCAUUCAACUCCUCAGAGUGAUGCGCAUCGAUUUGAACAAGACUCUAAGUCCUGAAGAUGUCCAGAUGUUGACAAAUUUCCUCAACACCCUGCCACUCGUGAGGGAAGAUUGUAUCGGAAGAGCGAGGCAAUUUGUGGCAGUCCUCAAACCAGUUGCUGAAGAGACAAUGUACGAUGACGGAAUUGGCGUUAGUGUGCAGACAUACUAUGAGCGUCGGAAUUUUAUCGUCAGACACCCACAAAUGCCAGCUAUUGCAGUGGAAACCUUGGAAGAAGAAGCUGGACAAGGGCACGAGUCCAUCUGGCCACUUGAGUUAUGCUCAUUCCAAGCGAAUACCAUAAUCUUUCGCAAUCUCACUGCUCGUCAGAUGAAUGCUUUCGUGAGCUUUUCGCAAUGGGACGUGAAUCGACGGAAGGCAGUAAUUGAAAAUCUGAUCAAGACGAUAGAAUACAACAAUGUCCCUGCUUUGGUGGAUUAUGGAAUCAGAGUUGGAGAGGAGCUGGAGUGUGUGAAGGCGAGAAUCCUUCCAAGGCGUCUGGUUGAGUACAAAAAUGGAGCAAUUGUGACGCCUCAGGAUGGAUCGUGGGAUGUGACGAGGAAGCAAUUCACUGAGGUGAAAUCGCUGUACUCUUGGGGCGUUCUCAAUCUCGAUUGGGAUCUGGUGGAAGAAGAAGUGGGUAGAUUUGUGGACGUACUGAAGACAUAUGGAGCGCAGAAGGGCAUGACAAUCAUGGAUCCAAUCUUCUAUCAUACGGAAUAUAAUCCUGACAAUAGGAGAAAUGACCGUAAUAACAUAUUCUAUGCUCUGAGGAUGCUCAAGGGAGAGAAACGCAAGGAUAAUCACAAGGGGAAUCGCAAGGAGAAUCGCAAUUUUGUUCUUGUAAUUCUGCCUGAAGAGAGGUGUAAGGAAGUGUACAGGCACGUGAAGAUUGCCGCCGAGAGGACCUUAGAAAUCAUCACGCAGUGCAUCACGAGCAAGAAGGUGAGGAGUUGCGAAGGGAACGUCGUUAAUGGACUCCUCGGACAGAUCAAUACCAAGCUCAAUGGAGCCAACAAUCGCGUGCAGUCAGAUGUGAAGAUCAUCAGCGACGAGCUGGAUGGAAGAGUCAUGUUUCUGGGCGGAUGCAUUGUCAAUGGUGGCCAGGAAGUUAAUUGCAGAUCCUUGAAUGUGGUUGGCAUGACGGCGUCCUUCGAUACUCAGGGCUUCAAGCACGCUGGCGUCUGGCGAUAUCAGCAUCGACAGCAUGUCAUCAUUAAAUCGCUGAGCAAUAUCACGAGUGACUUCCUUGACAAUUUCCAGAAGCAAAAUAAUGGCAAGACUCCCAAGAAGAUCAUGUACUACAGGAUGCUCAGCAAUGAAGACAAGUAUGAAGAGGUGCAGACGAAGGAGGUGAAGAUGAUCCGCAAAGCUUGUCUGAGACUCGAAAACUACCAUCCGGAGAUAAUCUUCAUAGGUGUGAUCAGAAGGCAUCGCAUUAAAUUCUUUCCUGAGCCCAAUGAAGAUGACGACAAGCCGGCGUUUGCGAUGCUUCCCAGUGGAAACGUUGUUCCGGGAACAGUUGUGGAUCAGGGCAUUGUUCAUCGUCUGAGAAGAGAAUUCUUCCUGGUGUCUCACGGGGUGGAGAGGGGCGUUGCGAAGCCCACAAAGUACAUCGUUUCUAACACUUGCAACUUAACAAUGGACACGGUGCAAUCCAUCACGUACAAUCUGACGCAUCUGCACUCCCUGGGAUUCCAGAGUGUCUCAUGUGUGCCCUCGAUUCUCUAUGCUUACAAAGUGGCCGAAAGGGGGAAGCUCUACGCUCAAGGACUCACAAUCGCUCCGGAUCGCAUUUCAGAGUAUUCUAAGAGGAAACAACCCAAGAGGGAACUUGUUGCUGAGUUUCCCAUUGCCGCUGAAGUCGCGAACAGUAACAUUCACUUUUCUUUCCAUGAAGGUCGCAAGAAGCCCCAAGGAGGGGGCGAGCAGUCCCAUGAGCAACCUCAGCAGGGCCCCAGUGGGCAGCAGAAGGAUGAUCGACCCGCUGGACUUCCAGCAAAGCAGGAAAAGACUGAGGAAAUAACCAAGACAUUUCAGAAAAGUGUGCAGAUUGAAAGUGGGAAGCAGAAGAAGACGGAAGGUGGCGGAUCUGGGCAGAGGAAGAAGAAAGGUGGGCCACAGCCUGGACCUCAGCGACCGUUGGGACAAGGAGGUCCUCCUGGACCGCCUUGGCAUCAAGCUGGGCCACAAUCUGGACUUCCAGGACAAGCUGGACCUCCUGGACAGCCUUGGCCGCAGGCUGGGCCUCAGCUGGGCCUCAGUUUGGAGCUCCGGGACAAGCUGGACCUCCUGGACAGCCUUGCCGCAGGCUGGGCUCAGUUUGGAGCUCCGGGACAAGCUGGACCUCCUGGACAGCCUUGGCCGCAGGCUGGGCCUCAGUUUGGAGCUCCGGGACAAGCUGGACCUCCUGGACAGCCUUGGCCGCAGGCUGGGCCUCAGUUUGGAGCUCCGGGACAAGCUGGACCUCCUGGACAGCCUUGGCCGCAGGCUGGGCCUCAGUUUGGAGCUCCGGGACAAGCGGGACUUCCUGGGCAGCCUUGGCGUCAAGCUGGACUUCAAUCUCAACUUCCACAGCAACCUGGACUUCAAUCUGAACAACCGCAGUCUCAAUCCGCUCGGAAAGAUGAAGCGUCUUUGUCACCAAAACGCCAAGAACAGAAGCUUCCUGCUCAGCAAGUCAAACAGCCAACUCAACCGGCAAAAGAUCAGCCGGGCGGAGGAGAGAAGAAAGCAUGGAAGAAGGAGAAGCGUCAGGAUCCUGAGCGAUCUCAGCCACAAACUCCUCGUCAGACGCCAGUGGCGCAGCCAAAAGGCGGCGCAGAGCCCAAGAAACGCGCAUCUGCACUUGACGUGGCCUUGAGUCCAUACAAGGGUCCCGGAACGCUCGGGAGAGCUGUGAAAUUCGAAGCGAACUAUGUCUUCCUGACGCUAAAGAAUCUGGUCGAUAUGGCUUAUCACUAUGACGUGGCCAUGGAUCCUGAUCGCCCGAAGAAGCUUCUCGGUGAAGCUUUUGAGAAGUUCAGGCAGAUGAAGUUCCCUAAGCACGUGAUGGCCUUCGAUCGUAUGAAGAAUGCCUACACGAUCACGAGACUGGAUUUGCCACCGGGCGGCCUGACGGCUGAGGUGGAGAUUGACGAUCCGCUCUCGGCGAGGAAGAAGAAAUUCAAGGUGACCAUUCAGGAGACUGAGGAUUACGAGGUGCGGAUGAAUUUGUUGAAGAGCAGGCAAGCUUUUAUGGAGGCUGGCAAUGAGGGGAUGGUGAAGAGGGCGCACCAGUGCCUGGAGAUUAUCAUGCGCAUGCAUCACGAUCGUCCGGGGGCUGGAAAUGUUGGUGAUGGUGGAAUUCAUGUUGGUCGCCAAUUUUACUGGCCACCGUCGAGGAAAAUCGCACUGGAUGGCGUGAUGGAGCUUUGGAAUGGCAUCUAUCACAGUGCUGUGUUCGGUGAGAGGCCGCUGCUGAAUGUUGAUAUCACGAACAAGGGCUUUCCGUCAGCCAUGACACUGCUGGACAUCAUGAGAGAGAUGAAAAUUGACCCCAAUAGAACUCCGGAGAGAUGGGCUAUGGAGAACUUGAAGGCACACUUGAAUGGUCUGAAUAUCUCCUAUAUGAUUCCUGGACAGCCGGCGUCGCGUCAGGUGAAGAAGUUCCUGGACUUUAGAGAGCCGGCAAACAGAUUGAGAUUCACAGUUGAUGGAAAAACCAUGACAAUUGAGGAGUACUUUGUGUGGAAGUACAAAUUUAAGCUGAAGUUUCCCAACUUCCCGGUGAUUCUUGUGAAUCCGCGAGAUAAGAACAUCUGCUAUCCGGCAGAAUUGUGUGCCGUUCCUGGUGGCCAGGCGGUGAUGAAGAAGCUGACGGAGAAUCAGACUCGCUUCAUGAUUAAACACACCGCCACGUCGACGGAUGUGCGCAAGACGAGAAUUUAUGAAAUGCUGCAGAAGGUGAACUUCAACGCCAGUCCAGUGGUGAAGGAGUUCGGAAUUGAAGUGGGCAAGGACUUUGUCGAGGUGGACGCGAGGAUUCUCGAUGCGCCAAAGUUGGAGUACAGCCAGAAGAAGGCUGAGUUCCCGAGGAAUGGCGUGUGGCAGAUGCGCGAGAAGCAGUUUAUUGUGCCCACAACCAUUGAUUGCUGGGCUGUGUUUGUGCUGGAGACCAGACGUCCUGACUUGGUGGCCAUUCAUUCCUUUGUGGAUUCACUGGGCAGAGCAGGAAAGGCGUUGAAUAUGACAAUUGCUAAGCCAAUGGAAGUGAUUCAGGUUGAUAUUGGACGAAAUUACAAGCAAUUCACGCAACAUAUGGAGAAAAUGAAGGGGAAAGUGAAGAUCUUGCUUAUGGUGAUUUCGGGAUUUGGCAAUGACUAUCAGAAGGUGAAGCGUGCUGCUGAGAUAGACUAUGGAAUUCUCACGCAGUGUGUCAAGCACGACACCAUUGUUCGACGAGGAGACGCGUCCACAGUGAAUAACAUUCUACUGAAGAUCAACUCGAAGCUCAAUGGGCUCAAUCAUCGCAUCCUGAGCAACAUGAAGGUGGGCGUACUCAAGGAUGGCAAGUUCAUGGUGGUGGGCGCCGAUGUGACUCAUCCGAGUCCUGAUCAGCGCAAUAUUCCCAGCAUUGUCGGCAUGGCGGCGUCCUAUGAUGAGGACGCCUUCCAAUACACUGGCAUGUGGCGCAUUCAAGAUCCCCGUCGAGAAAUGAUUGACGAUCUGGCGCAGAUGAUUGAAGAUCAUCUGCGGUACUACAAGAAGAAGCGCAACUUCUUGCCAAACACAAUUCUCUACUACAGAGACGGCGUGGGCGAAGGUGACUUCCAGCGCGUGCUGAAUCUGGAGUUCCGCGCCAUUCAUCAGGGCGCAGCGCGUGUGGAGGCGAACUACAAGCCCAAAGUGGUGUUCAUUGUGGUGCAGAAGCGUCAUCACACGCGCUUCUUCCCCGGCAGAUCGCAGAAGGAGGCUGUGGGGAAGAAUAACAAUGUGCCGCCGGGAACGAUUGUGGACAAGCAAAUUGUGCCGGCGCAGCAGAAUCAGUUCUUCCUCGUGGCUCAUCAGGCGAUUCAGGGUGUGGCGAAGCCCACCAAGUACUGUAUUCUCGUAGACGAAGCGAAUCUCAGCAUUAAUGAUCUGGAGACGCUGACAUACAAUCUCUGCUACUUGUUCACGAGGUGCAACAGAUCCGUGUCGUACGUCGCGCCGACUUACUAUGCUCAUCUCAUGGCGGCCAGAGGCAAAGUUUAUGUUGAAGGGGACAAUUUGGACAUGAAUAAUCUCGAGAGAGAAUAUCAAAAGAGAAUCAUCAAGGAUGAAGUGGGAAAGGCUCAUCCCAUGUAUUUCGUGUAAAAGAAUGCUGCCUACAUUUUACAGGAUUUGUUAGCUUUUGGGAUUCCAUACAUAAUAGUAACACAUCUUAAUCACUUUCUGUUUGUAAAGAAAUUUUGUAAAUUGAAUUCGACAAUAAAUGUUUGUUGGAUUUGCAUCUGUUUUUUCGUUGCAAUCUCGAAAGGCUCCAAAUGAUGAACUAAUUUAUGUUAUUUUAUUUAU